AUGGAGAAUGUGCAUGAAUUAACAUUGCAUCUCCAGCGACAAUUAGUAGUAGUAGCAGCAGCAGCAAUAAUAGUAUUAUUAGCCACAAAAGCAACUUCAUCUGAUGAUCAUCAACAACCCAUGAUGAAUAUUGCCAAGCCGGGCUGUCCAAAUAGCUGCGGCUCCGUUAGCAUUCCCUAUCCAUUUGGUACCUCUCCUGAGUGUUACUACGAUAAGUCCUUUCUCAUCACUUGUAACCAAACUCCAAACAACACCAUUACUAGUCUUAACAGCUCUCAACCAUUUUUCCCCAACAGCAACGUUUCUAUCCUCAACAUAUCUUUGGAGAGCGGGGAAUUGCGCGCGGCGGGCUUCAUCUCCCGCCAUUGCUACAGCGAACCACCGAGAAACCUCUCGGGAUACGCGGUCCAUUAUUCUGAAUAUUAUACGAUUACAAAUUCUACUUUUCCCUUGAGCACGCGCAACAAGUUCACCGCCGUCGGCUGCGACACGUUCGGCACAGUAGCGGGUCGAACGGGAAAGACCUACGCAACUGCAUGUUUUACAUUUUGUGACGAGAUUGGAAAAGACCCCGUUAACGGGUCUUGCUCUGGAAUUGGGUGUUGCCAGAUGAAUAUCCCGGGAGGAGUAGUGGACUACGGUAUUGGUGUUCGGAUUGGGUCUUUGUCCAACUACAGUUUGUUGACUCAUGAAGAUAAUCCGUGUGGUUAUGCCUUUGUGGCGGAAGACGGCGUUUACAACUUCUCGUGGUCGGAUCUUAAACGCUUACAGAAGGACGUCUUUCCUGUGGUGCUUGACUGGGCUAUUGCGAAUCUCACGUGCAAAGAAGCCAUGAAAAACCUGACGGGUUCAUAUGCCUGCCUCGCGAGCAACAGUCACUGCUUGGACUCAACUAACCCAGUUGGUUGGUAUCGCUGCAAGUGCCCCGAUGGUUUUCAAGGGAACCGUUAUCUCCCCCAUGGUUGUCAAGAUGUCGAUGAGUGCAAAAGUACUCCAAAUCCGUGCAACACUACUACAAGUAAAUGCGUCAACUUGCUCGGAAGCUUUAACUGCUCUUGUUUCAAGGGAUACAAAAAGGACGAGAGGACAAAUGGAACAGGUUGCGUACCGAUAGACGGUGGCAAGGAUAACUCUGCAGAAAAAUUUUACAUUGCGAUAUUAAUAUGCAUAUGUCUGUUGGCAUUGCUUGUGGGAGGCACUUGGGUUUACUGGGGUUUGAAGAAAAGAAGACUCAUCAAACUUAAACAGAAAUUCUUUGAACAAAAUGGUGGGUUACUUUUGCAACAACUCCCUAGUACUGAUAGGGGGUCCACAGGGAUGACCAAGAUUUUCACCGCAGAUGAGCUGAAUAAGGCCACCAAUAACUAUGACGUAAAAAGAGUACUUGGCCAAGGAGGUUAUGGAACAGUUUACGAAGGAGUAUUGGCAGAUAACAAGGUUGUUGCUAUUAAAAAGUCUAAAAUUGGUAAUCAAAGCCAAAUAGAGCAAUUCAUCAACGAGGUCAAAGUACUCUCUCAGAUAAACCAUCGGAAUGUGGUCAAACUCCUAGGUUGUUGCUUGGAAACUGAAGUUCCAUUGUUAGUUUACGAGUUCAUUACUAAUGGAACUCUUUUUGAGCACAUUCAUGACACAAGAGGCCAAUAUUUCCAACUUUCGUGGGAAAUGCGUCUCAAAAUAGCAGCAGAAACCGCCGGUGCAAUUGCGUACUUGCACUCUUCGACUUCUAUGCCAAUCAUACACAGAGACAUCAAGACCGCAAACAUACUAUUGGAUGAGAAUUACAACGCGAAAGUUUCGGAUUUCGGAGCUUCCAGGUUGGUUCCUCUUGAUCAAACUCAAUUAACCACUUUAGUGCAAGGAACACUCGGUUAUUUAGAUCCUGAAUAUUUUCAUACUAGCCAACUAACAGAAAAGAGUGAUGUUUAUAGCUUUGGAGUGGUCUUGGCAGAGAUAUUAACUAGUCAAAAGGCAUUGUCUUUUCAAAGGGUGGAAUGUGAUAGGAACUUGGCCACGUACUUUGUCUCGUCUAUGAAACAGGAUCAUCAACUACUCCGGAUUCUUGACGAGAAUCUUGUCAAUAAUGAAAAUAUUGUUGAGCAGCUAAAAGUGGUUGCUAAUGUUGCAAAAAGUUGCUUAAGAGUGAGAGGAGAGGACAGACCUACUAUGAAGGAAGUGGCAAUCGAGUUAGAGGCACUUAAAGAGAAGGCGAGGAUUCAUCCAUGGGAAAAAGAUGAUCACAAUUUAAGUUCGGGAGAGACCGAACACUUUCUAAAAACAUCCGGGGUUCAAGGCAUCCAUGGCAGUAAUUCUACAAGUACAAGUACUUUUGGGUUUGAUAGCUUAAGUGUUGAGAUUAGAAAACAUGAAGAUGUACGAUAG